UGUGGUCUGGAUAGUAAAUAUUUGGGAUCCUGCUGUUUAGUGAUGUUAGCAUUGUCCUAUUGUAUCUUGUGAAACAUGUUAAAUUUUGCUAUCUCUUGUACUGAGAAUGGCAACUGCUAUACCUUUAAGUUUUACUAGGUCAUUGCAAAAGUUUAAGGAAAUUUGUGCUAUUCGUUCUUUUCAGAGAUCUGACAGGCAUGAGAGGAUAAUGGAAGGUCUGAACAUCACUGAUGAAAUGUUGAAUGCUAACUCAGUUACCAGGCAACUUACUGACCAGAUUUCUCUUGCCAAAGCAUUUGUCGUGAUUGCCAAAGAAAGCAACAAUCUUCAAUUUGCUUGGGAAUUAAGUGCCCAGAUCCGCAAUUCACAAUCCCUUCUUUCUAACGCUGCGACAAGACGAACUCCUUUGACAACCAGAGAAUCAGAAACUGCUGUCCGUGAUAUGGCACUUCUACUCUACCAAGCUCAGCAACUUCAUUAUGACAGUGCAACUAUGAUCAUGAGAUUGAAAGCCAAAAUUCAAGCUCUCGAAGAACAGAUGAGUGCUGUGAAUGAGAAGAGUUCAAAAUAUGGACAAAUUGCCGCUGAAGAAGUCCCAAGAAGUCUUUACAGUCUUGGUGUUAGGUUAACAACUGAAUGGUUUGGAAAUAUAAAUUUGCAGAGGAAUUAUGAGAGAAAGCAAAUGGAAGUGAAACUUAUAGAUAACAGUCUGUAUCAUUUCUGUGUUUUUUCCGACAACAUUUUGGCAACUUCAGUUGUGGUCAAUUCAACUGCUUUAAACUCAAAGAAUCCAGAUAUGGUUGUCUUUCAUCUUGUAACUGAUGAAAUAAAUUAUGCUGCAAUGAAGGCCUGGUUUGCUCUUAACAGUUUUAGAGGAGUAACUGUUGAGGUUCAGAAGUUUGAGGACUUCACAUGGUUGAAUGCUUCUUAUGUUCCAGUACUUAAGCAGCUUCAAGAUGCUGAAACACAGAGCUAUAUAUAUUUUUCUGGCAGUAGGGGUGACGGGAGGACUCCAAUCAAGUUUCGGAACCCUAAAUAUCUUUCUAUGCUUAAUCAUCUGAGGUUUUAUAUUCCAGAAGUUUUCCCUGCACUGAAGAAGGUAGUUUUUCUUGAUGAUGAUGUCGUUGUUCAGAAAGACCUGUCGGGUUUGUUUUCCAUUGAUUUGAAUGGUAACGUCAAUGGAGCUGUCGAGACAUGCAUGGAGACAGUUCAUAGAAAUGAUAAAUACUUGAAUUACUCUCACCCUCUUAUACGUGAAAAUUUUGAUCCUGAUGCCUGCGGAUGGGCAUUUGGGAUGAACGUGUUUGAUCUGGUUGAAUGGAGGAAAAGGAAUGUAACUGGUAUCUACCAUUACUGGCAAGAAAUGAAAAUAGACCGGACAUUGUGGAAACUCGGUACUCUGCCACCUGGACUUUUGACAUUCUAUGGCUUGAGAGAACCAUUGAGUCCUGCUUGGCAUGUACUAGGGUUGGGUUAUACAAAUGUUGAUCCUCAGUUGAUUGAGAAGGGAGCUGUGCUGCACUUUAAUGGAAACUCAAAGCCGUGGUUGAAGAUUGGAAUGGAGAAGUACAAGCCCUUGUGGGAGAAGUAUGUUGAUUAUAACCAUCCUCUAUUACAACAAUGCAACUUUCACUAA